GACAACCAAAAUCACAUUGUGCAGGAAAUCUGGACCUCACUCUGCUUCCCUCUCUCUCUUUCUCCAUCUUCCGGAGAAUUCAAAGAAUCUGACUGCCACGCUCUUUUCUCCCCUCAUCUUUUGGUUCUGGUGCAGAGAUAUCUAACAAAUCUUUAUCUGAGUGAUAAGCAGUGCGACCAAGCUACAUCCACUACAUUCUCCCACCAACACGUUCACGAACUCCACGAAUUAAAUUUAUUAGCGAUUGAUUGAUUAUACAUUCCAAACGAGAGUCAACAUUCCCCGCUCCUGGAACUUCUUUACACACGUUGCAAACAUUCCACAGCUGCGACUCCGACGGUCGCUCCGAAGACACGGGGGACGGGAGUGGCAGACUCUAUCAUCGCAUUAGGCCAUUCGUUUCGAGACAUCACAUAGUUCAAGAUGGCGGAAAGAGGGUUUGGAGGCUUCUUGAGAGCCGUGCCAUUUUUAGGAUAUCACCAUGUGUUGAUGAUAUUGAUCGCAAUCACCAUUAUUUUACUUUCUCUUUUAUUAGCAGGAUGUUCAUCUUCCUCGCCCAUGAUACCCGACAUUUUCCUUAUUUCUCUCUACUAUCAAUCAUAUACACCAGUACCAUCGACCGCACAAGCCGAUUACAAUGUGCACACAGCAAUAUCUAAUAUUGUUGGACAAGCAAAAUUGGCGGCAAGAGUUGGAUACUUUGGUAUCUGUGUCAGCCCAGAUGGGGGUGCAUGGUUAUGCAGUAACAAUGCCACCGCAUUGGCAAAUGAAGUGAGCGUGGAUCAAGAUCCUCUGAAUUUGAUUUGGCUUGCAAGUCAAUUCAAAGAUAUGAUUGUUUUCCCAUACCUUAUUAUCAUCGCAAUCAUUUUCGCAUUCAUCUGUCUGUUACUUCUAGCUACAUUCCCCGGAUGGCACGAAGAGGAAGAUGCUCACGGAAGUGAACGAGAAGUCAAACCUUUCCCAUCGCGAUUCGUCUCCCAAAUCGCUUUAGCCAUCAUCUUCAUUGCUUCAAUCUUCGUUCUCGUCUCAGUCUUAUGGCAACACACAGCUUCAGUCGCCGCCUCAAUUAUAGCCCAGGACUUAGGGAAUGGCAGCGUCAAAAGUGGUGUUGGUAGUACAGCCAUGGUCCUCGGAUGGUUUUCUUUUGCUCUACUCAUUGUAGUGACCAUCGGUUUACUGGUUAUGAUAUUGAGUAUAAGAGUCUUGUCAGAGACAUUCGGUUGAUAGGUUCCAGAACUAUCAGGAUGAGAGAGAAACGACAUAUAUAUCGAUACCGAAGAAGUUGAUUGAUUGAUGAUUUUUAAGAUUUGUUUGACGAAGAAGUUAAUUUCAGCGUGCAUAAUGAAAACCACGACGAAAAUAUCGUUGCUUGGAUUGAUAUGACGAGAUGUUUUGGAGGGGGCUCUGCUUCGAUAUAUCCAGAAGUCUUUUUUUGUUUUUUUUUACCCAUUUGAUUUUGAUACGGACAAAAAAAUUACUCAAUACGACUUUGUAUACAUGGGUAAUGGCAUUUGGAUUGGAGUUUAGACUGGCUUUUGGAUUUGUUUUUCAAGUCUUUUUAUGAGAUGCCAUCUCUAGCUAUGGAAAGCUAAGAUAGGGAAUCAAUAAAGGGUUUUCAUGUUAGGAACGGUUGGGGCAUUUAAUGAUGGAUGGGAUGGGGGGUAGGAUGGUUGGCUGGGUAGGCUCUAUCGAAUUGGCCUGGAUGGGCGGGGAUGCGGAUUAUGAUUGUAUGUAUGAAGUGUAUGAGAAUAUCUUGGAUGGAGGUAUGAUAUGAGGAACUGGAUGGAUGGAAUUACUUAUGAAUUCAAAAGAGAAUCUCCA